UUUCUUGCCACAUUUGUACAUCACAAGCAACAUUUAAUUAAAACACAAUUUAUAAAAAAUUUAAUUAUAACAAAUAUAAAAAAUCAAUUAACAAUGUUGAUAUUUGUUGAAUUAUUGAUGGUUAUAAUUGCCAAUAUAAUUGAAUCAACAAUUGCACAAGCCAUGAUAAACACAACAGAUUUAAAUAAUUGUAAAUUAACACAAUUUGGAAUUGAGUAUAAAGGACAAAAAGGAACAACAGCUGGUGAUAUUCGUUGUCAAUCAUGGUAUGGACAUGGUCAAAUUCAUUCAGUUCAUCCUGGUAUUGAAAACAAUGAUUUUCCAGAAAAAUCAAUGCAACUGGCUAAAAAUUAUUGCAGAAAUCCAACAAGAGAUCCAAGAGGUCCAUGGUGUUACACACUGGAUCCAUCAUUGAUUGAUGAUGAGUGUGGAAUUCCACUUUGUAAUUUUGGUGAGUGUAGGAUAACUGGAGUUGGAGCUGAAUACGCUGGCAAAUGUAAUAAAAGCGCAUCAAAUAAUAAAUGUGAAACUUGGGACAAAAAAAGAGUUCAACAAACGGGACUUACUGAAAAAUAUCAAAAUUCAAAAUUUCCAGAUUUAUCUAGAGAAAAAGCUAAAAAUUAUUGUCGAAAUCCUGAUAAUGAUAUUGGUGGACCUUGGUGUUGGGUUGAAGAAGAAAAUUAUGAAUAUGUUAAAAAACAAUAUUGUGAUGUUUCAUUUUGUGAUGAUAAAAAUUGUCUUGUUUAUACAAGAAAUUCUUCAGUUUAUUCGACAAUUAAAAAUAUUCACAAGUCAAUUGGUAGUUUAAAAAUUUGGAUCAAGUUAUGGAAUCCUGAUGAUGAGCUAGAUGGUGAAGCUAGACUACUACUCAGUCUUUUACCAAUACCAACUUCUUCUAAACAUAUUGCUCAAGAUUGGCGAGCUGGAACUGAAAUUAUAAUAUCAAAUAGUGGAACUGGACAAAUAUAUCCAAAUGACGAUGAUGAUGAAGUUCAAUUGGAACCAACUCCAAAUAUUAUAUUAGGCUCCAAAUGGACACCACUUACAGUCAACUGGGCAGAUGGUUUUAUAUCAGUUACUCAAGAAGGCUCGAGCAAGCCAAUAUUUAUCGAUGAGUAUGCUAAAGAAAAUACAAUUUCAAGUACGUUCAAAGAUAGUUUUCUUAGCUAUGGUUUAAUGGGAACUGGUGUCUUGUGGAGUACUGAAUUUUGCAAUGAAGUAUGUGAAGUGUAUACAACAUUUGGAUUAGAAUAUAUAAAUGUUUUGCCAAUUAAAAAAAAUAAUAUAAGUUUUGAUAUAAAUUUUUAUGUUCGUGCAAAUCAAGAAAUUUAUAUAAAAUUUUAUCAAACACCAGGAAGUAUUUAUCCAUCUGUUGAGCUUGCAAUUGAUCAUGAAAAUUCAAUAACACUGACUCAUCAAUCAUCUGAAAAAGCAAAUAAAUUAUAUUUAAAAAAUAUACAAAGUUUAAAUAUAUUAAAUUAUUGGAAAUGGAAUGAAUUUACAGUGAGUUUAUUUGGUUCUCAUUUUCGGCUUUUUUCAAAAAGAUACUAUGGCAAUGAUGAGAUUUUAUAUGCAAAAGAGCACCUGUUCAGUAGUCUCAGAUGGUUCAGUUUUGGUAGCAACGACGUAAUUGCCCAUUGGACGUUCUUUUGUGCACCCGAAGAUGCCGACAAUGUUGAAAUACCCACACCACCAAAUUGCAUUUCCAAUACAUUGGAUUUUAGUUACAACGGUUCACAAUGGACCACAGUCAAAGAUUUACCAUGUAUACCAUGGAUCGCCAACGAAAUUCCUGAUAAUGAAAAAAAUAAUAAUUAUUUAUUUAUCGAUCAAUCAACAUUAUUACAAGCUACAAAUAAAUGUAAAAAUCCAACUCAAGAUACAAAUGGUCCAUACUGCUAUGUAUUUAAUAAUAAUAAUAAUAAAAAUUUAAAUAUCAUUAAAAAUUAUUGUUCAAUACGUACAUGUAGAUCAUUAGAGUGUCGUAUGGCUGGUACAGCAAAUGAUUAUAUUGGUACAUUAUCAACAACAAGAUCUGGUCGUAAAUGUGCAAGUUGGGUGAUCAAUAUUGAUAAUAAUAAUAAUAAUAAUGAUAAUAAUGAUAAUAUAUUAAAAAAUACAAGGUAUGAUGUAUCAAGGCCAUCAGGACUUCAAACAACUUUUAAUAGUAAUAUAAAUGAAAAAGAAAAAGAGCAAAAAAAAGAUAAAGAAGCAGAAGAAGAAAAAGAUGAUGAUGAUGAAGAAGAAGAAGAAGAAGAAGAAAAUAAGUUGUCCGGGAUAAAUGAGGAUACGAUGGCGCCAAAGGCUAUUCAUGAUAUCGUCGACUCAUUUGAUGAUAAAAAUAUUAAAUAUUCUGAUGACAAAAUUUUACGUGAUACAAGUAGUAUGGAAUUUAUGAAUUAUACCAUUGACAAUAAUAAAUUAAAUUCACCUGAUGUAACUAAAUCAUCAGCACCAAUUGUAUUCCGUCAUCAAGUUGAUCCAGCAUAUUUAAAUGACACUCUUUAUCCAGAACAAAAUGCUAAAAAUGCUAGUAAUUAUUGUCGUGAUCCAUCAAGAAGUAUUGCUGGUACUUGGUGUUAUACAACUGAUCCAAAUGUACCACAAGAUUUGUGUGAUGUUAAAGAUUGUGAAAAACCAGAGGAGUGUACAUUUCUUGUGCGUGGAAGUGGUAUUGGUAGACGUUUAUAUAUUCUACCUGAGCAUCGUUUAGAUGGACUUCAUUUUGCCCUGAAGGCUUGGGAACCAGAUCAUCCGGAUUCAAUAACUUUUGUAUUUCUUGCUGACGAUGGAUUCAAGUCACGAUAUAUACUUAAAAUUGGUGCUGCAAAUAAUGAAAAAGUACUUUUGUAUUAUCAAAGUGAAACAACUGAUAUAACACUUGUUAUGAAAAAAACACUUCCUCAUUUAUUAUAUAUUGGUAAAUGGAGUAGUUUUGUUAUUAAAAUACCACGUGGUAAAGUACAAGUUUUUUAUGAAGGUUCAACAAGUCCACUAUUUGAUUGGGAACAUUCAAGACCAGAUGAUGCAUUUUUACCAGUUUAUUAUUAUUAUACAAGUGAAGGUGAUCGAACAAUUGGUGUUUCAUUUGAUUGUAAUUCUGGUUGUCCAGUUGAAAUAGUUGAUACUGAUAAAUUUAACAGAAUAAUACCAGUGUCAACUUGGAAUACCAAGAUGUUAUCAACAUCAAAUCGUCUUGAACUGAUGAUUCGAGCACGUGGGGUCGUUUUAAUACCUCUUAUUUUAUUUCCAGCAACUUCUGAGUACUUUGCUCUUACCCUGGGGGAAAUGAACCAGUGGAUAUUUUUUCUCAAAAACACUCAUCCAAAUGUUAAAAUAUUUCAUAAAGAAAAAAUUGAUACACCAAAUUUAUUCACUCAAAAUACAUGGACAAAUUUUACAAUAUUAUGGUUUAAUAAUACAAUCAAUGUAGUUUGGAAUGGAACACUCGUGUUCAAUUAUGAGCAUACAUCGCCCUUGUUAUUCUACUUUUUUUCGUUGUCUGUCGAUAAAGGUGGUUGGGCAACUUGGACAGCAAAUUGCUUGCCACCAGACAUUGACGGUGAGCCUGUGGAUGGUGGAUGGUCUGAAUGGGGCCCUUGGGCAUGUAGUGCAAGUUGCAAUGGUGGUGUUGGUACAAGUACACGUAUUUGUAAUAAUCCAAUUCCAAAUGUCAAAGGAAAACCUUGUACUGGUCCAAGUAUAUUAACUGGUACAUGUAAUUCAAUACUUUGUGGUGAUAUCACUGAAAAUACAGUUGAUAUUAUUAGAGAUAAAAUUAUGAAUAAAUAUACAUCAUUGAUUGUCAAAGAGGAUCAGGCUAUCAAUAUACCUGUUGAUCGUGAUGUUAUUGAUGCUGUUGUACGUGAUUCAUUAGAUUCACCAAAAAUUUACUGGACUCAUAAUGGAAUAUACAUGUUUUUUACUGAUGAUAGAGUAAAAAUUAAAAAUUACAAUAUUAUUAUAAAUCGAGCAGAGGUGAAUGACUCGGGUGUUUAUGCGAUCACACUGCAUCGUAUAGACGAUACACAUAUGAUCAUGAAACUUGUGAGCCUGUCGGUGCUUCCUGUCAGAACAAGCGUGACACUUCGUGAAACGUUGUCCAUGGAUUUAACUUGUCAUUGCGUGGUACUUGGUUAUCAAUAUUCAAACUUAAAAAUAUACUGGACCAAAGAUAAAAAUAUAUGGAAAAGUUAUGAUACAACAAAUAUGUCAUGGGCUGCUAAUACAUAUCAUAUUGAUAAUGUUAAUUCAAGUCAUCAAGGAUUGUGGGAGUGUCAUGUUUUACAAAAUCAACAUAAAUUCAAUUGGACAACAAAUGCUAUUGAUAUUAAUGUCAUUGGACCACCAAAUUGGCGAACAUAUUUAAUGGAAGAUGAUAUGACUAAAGCAAUAUUUGGCUGGAUGCCCAAUGAAACCACUGUUGCUAUGUCUGUUUUUAUUAUAUUUUUUAUUAUUACUGUUGUUACUAUUAUAACAACAAAUUGGUACAUUAGGUUUCAAGAAAGUCUAAAGGGUGCAAUGUCACAGAAUAUUAAUUAUCAACAAAAAAAACAUGAAUCAAUUCCAAAAAAAUCACCAAUAAAAUCAACACCACGAAGAGUGUAUGAAAAAUUUCAAAAUUUAUCAAAUAAAAAUCUAUCAAUGAAACAAGAAGAAGAAGAAGAAGAAGCUGAGUCUUUACUUGGACAUCAAUAGUACCAGUAUAAUAAUUGUCAUUUAACCAGAUAAUUAAUUCUCUUAAUUAAAAAUUUAAAUAAAAAAAAAAAAACAACUAAAUAAAAUCGACGUGAAUCAAGUAGGUAGUUGAGAAAACAAAAAAAAAAAAAAUCAGCAGCAGCAGCAGCAGAAAAAAUCAAGAAGCCAAAUAAAAAAUAAAAUAAAAUAAAUAAAUACUAUAUCAAGUAAGUUGAAAAAAAAAAGAAAUGAUGAAGAAGAAGUAGAAGAAGAAGCAGAAGACGAUGAAGAAAAAAAUAAAUAAAUAAAUAAAAUCAUCAUCAGAAGAGGGGUAUCUUAAAAAAAAUCACGCAAAGGUUUAUACACAUUUUAUAAACGUGUCGAAUAUAGAGAAGGGACGUAGUGCGGUUAAAAUGUAAAAUGCUGAUGGGUAUAUGGUGAUGCUGAAGCAAAAUAAAAAAAAGAUCAUCAAAAAAGUAAAAGAUAAAAACAAUCCUUUGCAAGUUUAAAAGUUGGCAGGCGAUCUUUUUCGAUGUUGUGUGUGUACCAACCAAGACAUCCCGAGAGCAUAACAUUCAAAGAGAGAACUUGAAGAAAUAAAACGUGUUUAAGACAGGUUCACCAAUGCUUUAUACAUAUAUAAAAAAAUAAAGAGAAAAAAAAAGGAGAAAGAUAUACCUUGAUAAAAAAAAAUGAUAUAGAAAAAAUAUAAAAAAAUUACGGACAGAUAUUGGACGACAGGUGCCUCGCCCACGUGGACUCUCUCAAACUAAGUAUACACGAUUCAGUGAGUUGAUGAUGAGGUGGGAUUAUAUUUAUAUAUACAUAUACAUGCAUACAAGAAUUGCCAAAGAGAAGGGAAGUUGAAAGAAGGAAAGGAAAGGAUAAAAUUGUGAUAUAUAUGGAAAGGAAAGGAGAUACUUGUGGGGAUGUUUAAAAAAUAAAUAUAUUUUGAUAUAAAAAAAAACAAAUAAAGUAACAAAGACAGCUUCCUUGUCAUCAACAACAACAACAACAACUAUCUAUUCUAGAUUAGAUGGUACAGU